GAGGCUGUGUUAUUGUUGCUGCAAGAUAAUCAUAUUUAUUUAUACCGCAUAAUUUAAAGAAAUCUUAUUGUUUUGGUUGUUUUGGCAUUCUUUAGAUUCUCAAAUUAAAAUUGCAGAUAGUUGGUUAUGCAGAAACGUUAUUGUUGAGUAUUUAUACAACAUUUCAUAAUUUAGUCAGUUUGUUUUGACAUUUUGUUUCACAAUUUUAAUUAUUCACUGGACACACCUGCUUCGAGCUGGCCACAUUUUCGCUGUCUCCGUUUCAGCAACAGCGAUGUGGGUUCCGAACCUCCCGGUGACGGUGCUCAGCGCCGUCGCUGCCACCGCUGGCGCCGUCUGCAUUUUCAAAGACCGACACAGUGGACCCGCGUUCAACAAGGAGGUACGAGCGGAGAACAAGACAGUCAUUGUGACCGGUGCCAACACCGGUAUUGGAGAAGCUACCGUCUGGGACUUCGCCAGGAGGGGCGCUAAAGUAUUUAUGGCAUGUCGCGACAUGGAGAAGUGCGAGACGGCGCGACGUGAGAUCGUCCUAGAGACGGGGAACAAGUACGUGUACUGCCGGCCGUGCGACCUCGCCUCGCUCGCUUCCAUCGCACAGUUCGUCAAAAGGUUCAAAGAAGAGGAGCCCCAUUUACACGUCCUAGUGAACAACGCAGGCGUCAUGGAACCUCCACAAGGCGUCACGGCAGACGGCUUCGAGACGCAGUUAGGCGUCAACCAUCUCGGGCACUUCUUACUUACCAAUCUACUGUUGGACACGCUCAAGGCUUCAGCACCCAGUCGAGUCAUAGUGCUAUCCAGCGGCGCACACUAUAAGGGCCAUAUUAAUAAAGACGACCUCAACUUCGCCAAGAAGUACGACGCAGCGGCCGCGUACAGCCAGAGCAAACUGGCGAACGUGCUUUUCGCCAGAGAACUGGCUAGGAAGACUUUAGACGCAAACAUAACCGUGGCAGCCGUAGACCCCGGCCUCAGCGACACGAGCCUCUCGCGCCAUCUAGCGGUGUCAAAGAGCAUCACCCGCUUCGUCAUCUACCCGCUGUUCUGGCCCGUCAUGAAGAGUCCCAAGAUGGCAGCACAAGCUGUGAUGCACGCGGCUUUAGAUCCAGACGUGGCGAAAACUGCGGGGGAAUAUUUUGUUGACAUGAAACCUACGGAGCCGUCAAAGGAAGCGCAGGACUUCGAGCUAGCGGCGUGGCUGUGGCGCGUCAGCGAGAAGUGGACGCGCCUGGCCGACCACCGCGCGCUGCUCCACACUGCUGCCGCGUAGAAUGUAUGGCCAGCCCAAGGAGAUGGUGUACAAACGGAACUUUACUUGGACAUAACACUGAUUUUUAAAGGCAUUUGUGUCUUAAGUUUAAGUUGUCCGAAAAUCUAACAAUCAGUUUUAGUGAUAUGUUAGAAGUUUUAAAACAUGUCACUUUAUGCAUUUUGUGCAUUUACAAUAAAUUAGUGUAGUCAAUAGUUUGAGUUGAUGUUAUUAUUUCAUUAAAAUAAUUAUUUAUAAUU